AUGGGCUUCGUCGAUGACUACUGCGGAGGCUAUGACAACCUGGCAUUGCAUGGAGGGGAUCUUCAAGCAGCCUACGAGUCACAGCUUGACGGGUUGAGUCUCGGAGCUUUCCAUGAUGACGUGGGCUUCUCGGAUUCGGAAUGCUGGCUUGACGGUCUCGGAGCGGGUGGCUCCGAUUUUGAGUUCGAUGAGGAGGAAGAGGAGGAGACCGACGACGAGGACGGCAACGGCGAUGCUUCUGAAGGUUCGGAUCCCAAGCAACAACCUUUGACGACCGUGAGCCUGCAGCGUGGCAGCGGUCACCUGGACUACUUCGGGGAUGAUUACGGUGCAAUAGCUGCAUUCUUGCUGGGAUGCAAGGCUACGGCUCCACAUGGAAGAGUUCCUAGGCGUCGGCUGCGUGAAAAUGGGGCGAGCGUCCUCGAGCUCGAGAUAGACUCGGGUGAGCAAAGCAUCUUCUCUUUCGGGGGUAUCGAGCGGAUAUUUCCCAAUCUGAAGCAACUGCUCUACAAGACGACCGAUUGCCUCCGCGUGGUCUACGACCUGAGGGGCUUCGCUUUGUGCAACAACUUAAAGAGCUUAAAGCUCCAGCUGUCUUUCCAGACGAUGUGUGAAGAUGCUUCAUCGAAGUGUGGGCUCACAGCUCUGCGGUCGUUGGCGGGAACACUGGAAGUGCUAGAAAUCGGCCGCUUGCGCUUCAAUCUGGCUUCGGAUUUGGAGGUCCUCAAGGACUUCCACCAGCUUAGGGUGCUCAAGUAUGAGGGCAUCAACGAGGUCAGCGAGGGCUGCCGGUCCGUGCUGGACCUCCGCAAGUUGACACUCUUGCAAGAGCUAGGGUUUGUUGAGGCUUCUUUCACGACCGAGGCGUUGGGUUCUGGAUCUGUCGACGAGGAGACCUCGGAUGAUGAGGGAUUUAGGUAUUGCACGAGGCCGUCUCUGCAAGUGCUCAUCCCACCGGAACAUCUUGGCAGCAUCACUUUCAAGCAUCAGUACGGCUCUCGGAUCACUCCCGAACUACGUCAGAUGCUCCGAAGAUGCGGGUGUUUGUGUCAGGAGUUCGUGCCGCAGCAGAUGGCUGGAAGUGGCACUUUGAACUUCGUUGAUGGCUUCAAGGCUCAGACCGGCGAGGAAAUCGAGUCUGCAGAGCAGGCAGCGAAAGAGAAGCACAGACUUCUGAAAGAGCGGCAAAAGCAGCAAGAGCAAGAAAAGCUCACAGCUGCCUUGGCGAAGAUCGGAUUGGCAUCCUCUCGCGAUGGCCCGUUCGAGGUGGGUGAGGAGGUGUACGUUUUUGACCAUUACGAUCUAUCUUUCAGUCGGUUCUCCGUAGAGUCACCGACGAAGCGGACCACGAGCUGGGUCAGUGUCACCCAGAAACUGCCGGCGAGCCGGGGCUCAACGGCUGGGGUCUAUCACAAAGUUGUCCACCCGAGCUGCGUGUUUCGAGAGCUUCCUGACCUGCCAAACUUGCAGCUGUGCAGCGGCCGCGGCUUCAAUAGAAAUCAGGUCUGGAGGCAACGUCCUCCGAAACGCCGCCAUUGCGAUGAGGACCCCUCAGCCUCUCGUGCAUGUGAGCUCUGUGGCAAGCAACUGAGGAACAUGAAUGGCUUAUGGCAGCACAUGAGGGACAAGCACCCGCUCGCUUGA